AUGGCUCAUCCAAUUCAUGAAGCCAACUCCAACAGCCCCUAUGGCCACCUUACGCGAGCCGAAUUCUACCGGAAACACAACAUACUCCACGACGAAUCUUUCAUGACCGACGACCAAAACCUCAAAAUCUUCACCCAAUCAUGGCAACCUUCAUCGACUUAUUCGGGCCCACUCAAGGGCCUCAUUGCCAUGAUCCACGGCUACACCUCGGAGAGCGGCUGGCUUUUCGAGCUGACGGCUGUGGCCAUGGCCAAAUCGGGAUUUUUCGUCUCCUCCUUAGACCUCCCGGGCCACGGCCUCUCGGAGGGCCCACCCGAGCAUAUCACCGACCUCGACCCGUUAAUUCGGGCCUGCAUAAAAUGCUUCGACUCCGCCCGGGCCCGUCACCCGGGCAUCCCCCAUUUUCUUUACGGCGAGUCCCUCGGCGGAGCACUCGCCGUGCUCGUGGCCGUCGAGCAAAAGGCCAUGUGGCGGGGGCUGGUUUUGGCCGGAGCCAUGUGCGAGGUGUCGGGGAAGUUCAAGCCGCCGUGGCCGCUCGAGAGGCUGCUUCCGGCUGUGGCGGCCGUGGCGCCGGCGUGGCGGAUCUCGGUGACGGAGCCGCCGGCGAGGAGGUCGUACCGGGAGGGGUGGAAGAGGGAGCUGGCAGAGGGGAGCCCCAACCGGAGGAGCUGCGGCCGGGCGACUGCGGCGACGGGGGUGCAGCUGCUGCGGGCGUGCGAGAGGGUGAGGAGGGAGUGCAGCAGGCUGGAAACGGCGUUGCUGGUGGUGCACGGCGGAGACGACGUGAUCUGCGAUCCGGAGGGGGCGCGGCGGGUGUACGGGGAGGCGGGGAGCGAGGAUAAAAUGUUGAGGGUGUACGAGGACAUGUGGCAUAUGUGGAUUGGCGAGCCGAAUGACAGGGUGGACGAGGUUUUCGGAGAGAUAAUGACGUGGAUUGAGGAUAGGGCUGAUUUUGGUAACAAUGAAAAUUGA